AUGGAUCAGUCGACCACAAGAUGCCAUCAACUAUCGAGUAGAAGCAUAUCUCAACCCUAUCGAGUAGAUCUCAAGGUUGACCCGUGCCAUCAACUAUUGAGUAGAAACAUAUCUCAACCUUAUCGAGUAUUGACUAGAUCUCAACCCUUCUUUGACUGUGAAAAGGACAGACAGCAAUCAGGUGUUUCUGAUACCUGUGGAUGCUUGUGGAUGUAUUUGGCGGAUUUGCGGGCUUCAGAGGGAAGUUCUCACACGCACUACAACCCUUUUUAUGAUCCAUCAAAACAUGAAGGUCCACUGUUGCCGCCAGCAGCAGCUUUAGCUCCAACUCUGUGGCCUCAGUACCAUCUGCGGUGGGCUUGCCCAUUGGAAGCCCAAGCUGGAGAGCUUGAAGCUCAAUUUAGAAGCAUGGCUAAAAAAUUCUUUGAACUGCAGAAGGAAAAAGAAGUGGCGGAAAGGAAAGUGGAAGAAAUAACUGCAACCACAGAGUCCUUGGCAGCAGAGUUGCGAAAUGAGAAACACAACAGCAGCUUGGCCGUGGAUUUAGCAAAGAGAGCCAGCAAGGAAACUGCAUCCAUAAAGCGGGCAAUACAAUCACUGGGGUGCAAGGUUUACUUCUCAGGGGAUGGCAACUGCACUGUAGACAUUGAAAGCAACCCAGCAGAUAUUCCUCAGAAACUAAUGUAUUCUCCUUCCAAAAUAGCAUCUGAUGGUUCUGUGCAGAAUGAUGAGCAAUCAGAUGUCUCUGUCUCUGUUACUCUUAUGGCAGAUGAUGAUGUCUCUAACAAUCCAAUUAGUCGGGUGUGUGAAACUCUAUGCCCAUUACGCACCAGAGAUGGAGGAUGUAGGUGGCCUGAUGCUGGUUGCGCCCAAUUUGGCAGCCAAUUUGUUGGACUAAAGGCAAACUUUGAUGCAUUUGAUCAGCUUUCUAUAUAUGAUAGCUACUUCGAAUCCAAGUAAAAACACUAAAUUUUGGGCUAAUCCUGAUGUAUAGCACCAACUUUUGGCCAUUCUAUCCAGCUGAGGAUCUUUCUAAGGAAGGGCAUCAGAUGGAAUUUUGUAGGCAAUGGUCUUGUUGGGAGAAAGUUUCAACUUAUAAAUUAACAGAUCAUACGAUAUGAAGGGAUGGCGCACGAAGAUGGAGCCCCAUAUUUGAGAUGGAUCUCGGGACUGGCCCUACUGAUAGAAUAAAGAGUUAGCUGUGAACCUUUGCAUUUUCGGGAUAUUUGCCGAGGAAGUAACCAGGAAAGCUCAAUAAUGAUACACAUGAAGUGAUGCAUUUUGAGGUGGUCCAGGUUCUAAGACAUUGUCUUCAGGCGUUUCUGUUAUACAUCGGCGCACAUCCAUCCGUGUCGGUAAAAUUAGCUUGUGUACAGAUUGUUAACAAGUGUAUCAUUGUUUCAUAUUUAACCUGCUAGCAUUCUUGUAAGCCAGCUCAUUGUUAUUAAUAAAUUUACGUUUUUAGUGCAACUAACUUUCCUUAAAUUCACAUUCGAAUGUGAAUCAUAUGAAUUAUUU